AUGGCCAACUUUUCUCAAGUACCAAAUGAAAUUUUGCUUCUGGUCGCCAAGUCCCUUUCCAGCCAGAAAGACAUUAAUGCUUUAGUACGGACCAACUGGAGGCUAUGCCAUCUUUUACACGCUUUUCUCUGUGAUUUCAACAUCCAGCAUCACCAAAGCUCAGGAUUACUAUAUACAGCUGGAAGUGGAAACUCCACCCUCGUCAAGAAGUUUCUCAAUGCUGGGGCCAGUAUCGCAUCUUUCGAGCUCCUGCCCGAUGAGGACGAAACCGAUUUUGAGGAGUUUGAAAAACAGGACAGCCCGCUUCUCAGAGCUGCUCAAAAUGGCCACGUCGGGCUUUUAAAUACCAUGCUCUCAGAGACAAACCCGAGCCGCGCGUGCAUACCACCACAACUACGCACCGUGUUACAUUGGGCUAUCGAGACUGGCAAUCAAGUGGUUGUUGAGUUAAUGAUUGCACACCAGGCCCCAUUAGGUCGUCCACGAGUUCCCGGCGACGACUCUACAGCUCUGAGCCAAGCGCUUGAAUUACGGUGCGGCAAGUCUAUCAUCGAGUGUAUCCUCCAGACAGGUUGGAAACCAACGGCACUCUUCCCAGAUCCAUUUGUGCAAGCGACUUAUUACAGUGGCACCUCUAUACUACAACUUCUUCUCAGGUAUAACCUUCGCCCAAGGUCGACUAGGAUACUGUCUCAUAUUUCCCGUCGAGGCGAUACUGCCUCUCUCCAGAUCUUGAUUGAUUCUGGUUUAGAUAUGAUAGUGUAUGGUCAUAUUGCGCUCCUUGUUGCCAUCGACUUAGGACACCAGCCCAUGGUCCAAUUGUUGAUUGAAGCGGGGGCGAAUCCACACCUAUCAAGUAUCGACACGAACUGGUGGUAUUACUCUACAAUUUGGCAUGCGGUUCUAUAUCGCCAAUACGAUAUCCUAAAGGCCCUGGUAGAUAAUGGUGUCCGCCCGGACUAUCAAGACUUCCAGCUUGCCAUCGAUAUGAACUUCUUGGAAGCCGUCGCUCUUCUUGAGGGAUUUUCAUAUGAAAAUAUUCCAAAGAAGAUGAGGCGGGAAAAAUGGGUUCAGUAUUGGGAGAAUAAGCGAACUGCGGAUCCUGAUUUCCAACGGCUAGAGUAG